AUGGUUGACGCAAGACCACACGUAACUUUACCCUACUCAUAUUGUUACGGUCGGAGUGAGCUGGGUCUAUCAUAUAUACGAUUGGCUGACCUGUUGUCAAAUAGGGUACAAACGGAUGCAAAUAAGCCAGCAUUUGUGUCGGAAUACGAGAAUAUAAGCAAAACAUACGGUGAACUCAAUGAUGAUGUCAAUCGAUUGGCUAAAGGGUUAAUAGAUCUAGGUCUUAACCGUGGUGAUGUGGUUGGCUUAUGGAGUUGUAAUUCGUAUUAUUGGUCUCAAAUACAAUACGCGUGUGCCAGAUUAGGAUUAAUACAAUGCUCAAUUAAUCCGGCUUACCAGGCUGAUGAAUUGAAUUAUGUGCUCAGAAAUGCCCAGGUUAAGGCACUGUUUAUGCCAGGGGUGGGCAGUAAACAACAGGAAUUUAAUAAGUUUGGCCAUGGAACAACUGGAAAACCAAAAGGCGCCUAUUUAUCACAUUUUACACUAGGCAACCUGGGCAUUUGUGCAUUCCCUAUGGAAAUGAUUGUGGCGAAUUAUAAAUAUAACGUAAAACUAAUCGUGGAGGCCAUGAAUAAGCACGAGUGCACCUACCUAUACGGAACGCCUACUAUGAUCAUCGAUAUACUGAACUAUGUGGAAACAACCGGAAACACAUUACCGACAUUAAAAGGGUUGGUAACGGGUGGGUCACCAGUUCCUAAAGAAAUGGCAUACAGGGUGUUGAAAAUAAUACCCAAUUGCACGGAUGUAAGGGUAGCCUAUGGUGCCACCGAAGCUGGGUCAGCCGGUACUAUAUCUUAUCAGUCAGACACCUUGGUUAAUCGUCUCGAGACAGUCGGUCACCCAUUAGAUCACAUGGAAACUAAAAUAGUUGACCCGGGUACCGGUAAAACUGUGUUGAUUGGUGAGACAGGUGAAUUAUUAUCCCGUGGACACAAUCAAAUGAUUGGCUAUUGGAGAAAUGAGAAAAGUACCCAGGCAGCCAUUGAUGACAAAAUGUGGUACAAAUCAGGUGACCUGGCUACAAUGGAUGAGCAUGGUUUCAUCAAAAUUAUAGGUCGCACUAAAGAGUUGAUUAUAAGAGGCGGCGAAAACAUAUACCCCCGAGAAGUGGAGGAAUUGUUACACAAACACCCGGAUAUACUCGACGCAUACGUGUGUGGGGUACCGGAUGUUAGGCUCGGGGAGGAGGUCUGCGCAUGGAUUCAACUCAAGGAUCCCAACAAAAAGCUUACGGAAGCCGAGAUCCGGGAGUUUUGCAAACAACGGAUAACCUAUUUUAAAGUACCCCGGUACGUGCUAUUUGUGGACAGUUUCCCGUUAACACCGGCGGGUAAAGUGAAAAAGUUUGUGAUGAGGGAACAGUCGUGUCGUAUACUCGGGUUGAAUGAAAAAUAA